AUGACAUCCGCGACAUCUCAUUAUCAAGCAACCCAAGCCGCCGAAAUUUUCGGGCCACCGCCUGUGAGUUAUCCGGUAAUUUCUGUCAAUCAACAGACCAACGAGCCCACCCACCGUGCCAUGAACACUGGGUCGGCCAGCCGAGUUAUCAUCCAAGUUACCACGCAGACUUCUAUUCCACGGCAGGUCAGCUUCAUUCCAAACGAAGCUAGUGCAGACUAUCACUCCGGCCAGCUCCGAUCUUUCACCUCAAACCCACCAGCUAAAAGUUUAGACCUACCCGAUAAAGACCAGCCGAGCAACCCCAACCACCAGUCGUUGGAAACACCAGACUCCUGGAAUCACGCCCUUAAUACACAGCGAGGUAGCACCGUGGGGCAAAUGGCGUACCCCAAAACACCACAAAUGUCAAUCCAGACUUUCUCGGGGAAUCCUCAGGAGUGGCCAUCUUUUAUAGCAAGUUUCAAAGUAAUCAUACAUGAUGCCUGUAGCUCCAACGUAGAACGUCUUUAUCAUCUGAGGAAUCACCUCGCGCAAGAAAUCCGUGAUCGAAUCGGCGAAGUUCUUCUUCACCCAGGGCUAUAUCAACACGCCUUGAAAGAGCUACAUCGCAAGUACGGCAACCCGCAACUAGUCGCACAAGCAUGUAGCGAUAAACUACUCUCGCUCACUUCAUUCAAGGAGGAUGACCACAGGUCACUGAGAACGUUUAGUGCUAAGGUGCGAGGAGUUGUUGCUACGUUAAAAUACGGGGGAUACUCAUCUCAGCUAGAGUGCUUUUUGACAAUUCAACAACUAUCGUCCAAACUGCCUCUUACUCUUCGAAAAAGUUGGGGGAAAAAGAGUUGGAGCCUCCAACCAAAGCUACCAACCCUCAUAGACUUCGACGACUGGCUUGACGAAACAUACAUGGAGGACUCAAGAGCGCAAAUUAAAACCCAAAAAGAAACUGUUAAAUCCCCACGCGAUCGCCACAGUAUCUUUGCCGUAACCUUCGAAGAAUGCCCUGCAGGCUGUCGCGAACCCCACCGGCUGGAAAAUUGCCAACGUUUCGACAACCUAACGGUAGACAAGAGAGCUGAACUUAUCAAAAACAGGAAGCUGUGCUUCAGAUGUCUAAAAGGGGGCCAUAGAAGCGUCGACUGCACACAAGAUAAAGCUUGCCCAAAAGAAGGUUGCAAAUACAGACACCACGUCUUACUCCAUGGGGCCCCAGUAAUAUGGAAAGGAAACCGAGCAUCACGUAACCACAACAGAGCGUCUUACGUAACUUCCAACUUCCGCGGCUCUACCUCCUCACACGCUAGCUAUACCUACCUACCAAUUGUACCAAUACUCGUGUGUGCUAACGGGAAGGAAGUCCGUACCUACGGCCUCUUAGACAGUGGCAGCCGAGUAACACUUAUCAGAGAAGACGUCUCAAAAUCUCUGAAGCUAAAAGGGGAAUGGGAGCAGUCGCAAUUCCGAACCUUUCACGCCCAGGAUCCACUAAUCAGAGUACGAAAAGUACAGUUCACGAUCACCCCACUGGACCGUAAAGAAAAAUUCUACGUGGAAGAAGCAUACUCCAUAGACAAGCUGAACAUCCAGGGUCGCGUGGUUCCACCAAACGAGUUAGCAGAAUGGCCGCACCUAACACGCAUCAAAGUACCAGAAUUACCUGGCGCCGAAGUUACAGUUCUGAUAGGUAUGGAGCUCACCGACGCCCACGACGUAAUAGAAAUAAAAAGGGAAGUCAAUCAGAAGAACGCACCUAUGGCGAUUCACACUCUCUUCGGUUGGUGCAUCGUGGGGCAAAUGCGCAAAAGACAAAAAUCAAACACCCUCGAUGUGUUCGCGACAACUCAAGACGAAAAGGUUGACUUUCAAACGACAGUUCAAAAAUUCAUCACCGGCGAAGAACUAAACACCCACCCCGACGUUAAGGUUCCCAUACCUCCCAGAGACUUAGAAGCGCUAAGGAAAAUCAACGCUUCAAUAAGACACAACGGAGAAAGAUACGAGAUCGGCCUACCUUUCAAAUCCUCUGAACCAGCACUACCCGACAACUACCAUGCCGCUCUAAGACGGCUUUACACCCUCGAAAGUAAAUUCCGAUCAGACCCCACGUUUACCGCCAGAUACGCAGCUAACAUGAAAGAUUAUGUCACCCUAGGGCACGCCAAAGAACUCGGCAAAGAAGACAUAAACUCUACCAAACCGGGAAGAUCUUUCUACCUGCCCCACCAUGGGGUGGUAAACCCGGGGAAACCACAUAAAGUCAGAACAGUCUUUGAUGCCUCGGCAAGGUGCAAUGGCGUAUCUCUUAACGACCGACUGCUUAAGGGUCCCGACCUUUUAACCAACCUAGUGGGUAUUCUCAUUCGUUUCAGACGAUUCAAGAUCCCAGUAACCGCAGAUAUCGAAAAGAUGUUCCAUCAAGUAAAAGUAUCUCCGAAAGACCGCCCUGCCUUAAGAUACCUCUGGCGGGAACCAGGCUCUUUAUAUCCACUCAAGGUUAUGGAAAUGCAAGUACAAAUCUUCGGAGCGAUCUCGUCGCCAACCAUCUGCUCGUUCGCCCUUCGUAAAACAGGAAUAGAUAACGAGCACGAAUUCCCCGGAGUAGCCAACAAAAUCAUCAACCACUUUUACGUCGACAACUAUAUGGACUCCUUCGACAACCACGUAGACGCGAUCCAAACCUGCAACCAACUAAGGCAGUGCCUACUCCGCGGCGGUUUUAAGCUGACCCAAUGGAUCUCGUCGGACAAAGAAACCCUAGCAUCACUUCCAGGCUCCCUGCUAGCUAAACCGACUCUUAAUCUAGAUUUGGACGAUCUCCCCACGGAACGAACCCUAGGUCUUCAGUGGAAUUGCCAGUACGACACAUUUGAACUACACAUCGAAGUACCAGAAAUAGGUAAAACCAAAAGGGAGCUCCUGAGAUCAGUAGCCAGCGUCUUCGAUCCGUUAGGAUUCCUAGCCCCAGUCAUGUUCUCAACCAAACAACUCUUACGAGACGCAUGGGAGAACUCAACUUCAUGGCAUGAUCCACUCGAGGAGAAUCUUUUGAGUCGUUGGAGGCAAUGGAAUGCACGGUGCAGUCGUUUACAUCAGAAUGGAGUUCUCAGAACGAGUCGAAACCGCCUUCGUCUGCGCGAAAUCAAGAAUUUCACCAAAAAAACCAUGCACGAUUCCCCGCCUCGAGCUUAA